CGCGGCACAAGCUUGCUCUUACGUGGCGCCGAAGUGAAAGGGAAUCCGACUCACGAAAAAGAGGCCACCCGUGAAGUGGAAACAAGCUUCUUCACAUCCAGGUGAUGCCCAAAAAACAGUACAUACACGACCACUAUUUUUUGGUGAGCCCGUGUGUAGUCUUUUUUGGUCAUCGCCUGACAUCCUAUUCUUCCCGAUGGCCAGCGCCAACGUCAGGGGCAAUCCCGGCCGCUAGACGACUUCGAGUCGCCAGUCAAUCGGCGGGAAUCCCUGGCAUUGGGCCCGUGCCCGAGUCCCCAUCACGGAAACUGCACCGUCAGGCGUCAGGACAUGAGACAUCAGUCAGUAUCUCGACCGUAUCCACACAUCCGCCUCCCCCAUCGACCCCCCGAGCCCCCAUGCGACGAUUCGGGGCUAAGCGGCACCAAGAACCCAUCUCCGAGCGGCCAACGCGGCUCUCCGGCGUUGCUGCGAGCACUUGCGGCCUGUCUGCAUUGCAAGUGAAGCUCAACCGCGUUCAAUAUCCAUUUGGGCGCUAUAUACGGGCCGACAUGACCUUGGCACUGUACUUCACUGGUAGCUGCCGGCUUGUCGUAUCCAAGACGGAUACCCAUCUCCGCUCCCAGAUGUGGGCGUCGGCGAUCUCGAAUAUCACCAAUGUAGUUGCCGAGGUUGCGGUUUGUACGAGACUUUGUGAAUGGCUUCGACUUGCCAACUGCCUUUGAGCCUGCUGACUGGACGCGGCCAAACGAACCUGAAAGCUGUCCGCUUGACUAUCUUCCGUUCUGCCUGUCAAUUUCACUGUUUCAUGUCAUUGAUGGCAAGAGCAGCACAGGAAUUGACUUGCAGCGCACUU